AUGCGGUGCGGUGGCUUAUGGUGCGGUGUGGUGGAAACUAUGGUGGAAAGUGCAGUGUGGUGUGACCGUGUGAGAGGGUCUGAGGGUGUGAGAGUGAGAGGAUCUAAGGGUCUUCAAAUUGAAACCCUAAUGGGUAGCAUUGGCCCAAUAACUAUUCAUUUUUUUAUUAUGGGUUGGUGGGUCAGCCUGACUCACCAAAUGUUCAACCCAGGGACCUCUCCACAUGUGGUUGUACGAAAAUCAUUUCCAUCUAACUUUUUGUUUGGUGUUGGUACAUCUGCCUUACAGGUAGAAGGAUCAACUAAAGAAGGAGGAAGAGGACCAAGUGUAUGGGAUGCUAUAGUCGAACAUGAUAAUGGACAAACAAUUAUGGAUGCUGACAAGUUUUUCUCAACGAUUGAACAUUAUAAGCGAUAUAAGGAUGAUGUGGCAGUUUUAAAGAAACUUGGAAUAAACUCUUACAGAUUCUCCAUUAAUUGGAGUAGAAUUCUUCCAGGUGGAACCCUAGAAGCAGGUGUAAACCAACAGGGUAUUGACUUCUACAACAAUUUGAUCAAUGAAUUGAUUGCAAAUGGUAUUACACCUUUUGUGACAAUUUUGCACUUUGACUAUCCAUUAUCUAUUUUCGACUUGGGUGGCUUUCUAAAUUCCAAUAUUGUGGAUUAUUUCAAGGAUUAUAGUGAACUUUUAUUCAAAUCCUAUGGAGAUCGAGUUAAGCAUUGGACUACAAUUAAUGAACCAGAAAUCACUGCAUUAUUUAAUUUUAUGCAUGGCAAUGAUAAUCCUGAGCCUGAACCAUGCCAAAUUACAAAAGAAUGUAGAGAAGCUUAUGAGGUGAUGCAUAACUUUAUCCUUUGCCAUGCUACAACAGUGAAGUUAUAUAGAGAAAAAUACCAAGUAACACAAGGGGGAGAAAUUGGACUUGUCAUUUCGAUUGAAAAUUAUGUCCCUUAUAGUUUUAGCCAAGAGGAUAAGAGUGCUGCUAAAAGGAUGAUGGAUUUCUUUACGGGAUGGAUUUUGGAUCCAGUGGUUUUUGGAGAUUACCCUAAUAGCAUGAAAGAGCUAGUGAAGGAUAGGCUACCUAUUUUCACUGAAGAGGAAAAAACUUUAGUCCGGGGAAGCAUUGACUUUAUUGGAAUAAAUUAUUAUAGAUCAUUUUAUGCUAGACACGAACCAAACAAAUCAGCUAUUGCGGGUGUUGACAAUUUUGAUGCUUUAGUAGUAAGAGAAGUAUCAAACGCAAAUGGAGAAUCACUAGGUUACUUGGAAAAUUCAACUAAAAGCUUUGUAUAUCCAGAAGGAUUAUAUAAUGUCUUAAUAUUCCUUACAAAUAAGUACCAAACACCAAAGAUUUAUAUCACUGAAAAUGGUAUUGCUUCAGGAGUCAUCAAGAACCCAUUGAAAGAUAGACAUCGAAAGGAUUAUAUUGCUGCACAUCUAAACAAUACAAAAUAUGCAAUUGAUGCUGGUGUUAAUGUCCAAGGAUAUUUCAUCUGGUCAGCAUUUGAUUCCUUUGAAUUUCAUCGAGGCUUUGCUGACAACUGGGGGCUUAUUUAUAUUGAUUUUAAUAAUAAUCUCAAUCGUGUAGAAAAACAAUCUGCUAGAUGGUAUAGAUGGUUUCUAAUGGGAAACAAAUAA